AUGGCCGACGAACCAAGAGCGCAGACCAUCCAAGAGCGCAUAGCUGCUCUAAAUCAAUCGCAUGUUGGCCGCCUACCGGAUACGUCUCCUGUGCGUCCUUUUGCUCCAAGGAAUAAAACAGUUAACAACCCACCACAUGAGCUGAACGGAUCCGUACUUGAAAGCAAAGAGAUUGGCAACAAGCCCGCGCCCAUCCGUCAGAAUGGGGUACUCCCACUUCCUACGGCGGCUUUAACUGAACAAAAGAUCGCAUCCGCAAAGAAUGGUUGUAAAGUACCUCCGCCACUACCGGCUCGCAAGAAUUCGGGACAACAUCCACCGGCUCUACCACCACGCCGUCCGUCUGCGCAGACAGAACGAAGGAUAUCAUCUGACUCUACGAGGUCAAAUGCGUCUUACAGUACGACUUCUACUUCUGGGACCACGAAUACGGUGGAUAGUAAGAGCCGUGUACUUGUUGCGCCAGCAUGGCAGGAAGCUGACCUGCCCCCGCUUCCAGUGCGCGACAAGAGCCGCCCUGGCCUUCCCCAGCGAAAAUCGGCAACCCUUUCCGAAGCAGAGAAAGCGAAGAGGGUAGUCAAAGCACCCUUAAAACCGCCACCGCUGCCAUCACGGACCUCAUCCACUGAUUCUAAUGGUGGAGAUCAAACUACAAGAGUACCAUUACCUGUCCGUACCCUCUCUUCCGAGACGAGGAAAAUACCACAACUACCAAUAAGCGGAGUGAAAAUCGAGUCCGUAACGCCAUCACAACGCAAAAUUCCUCCGGUUCCUACGGCCGAUGCUCUCCAGAAACUACAGCAGAAGUCUUUCGCGACUCUCAGUAAACAUGUCGAAGAGGAUGAACCUGAUCAAAGUGUACCACCCGCUAUACCUUUGGCCUCGCGUCCGGAUCUGGCAGCAAUUCAAGCAACAAAACCCAAGUUCGCCGCCAACGGACACGGAUCUUCGUCUCCAGCGAGUUUUAGUACUGUCUGUAUGAUAUGCAGAGACUUCUCGGGACCAGACAACCAUGCAGCACAGUUUCCCCGGCAGUCUCUUCCUACCAGUGAUUUGGCGUGGCUUGCUACACAACUUACUGCACCAUUUCCGUCACCGACUGAUAAGGCGAGGGCUUUGUUUACCUGGCUUCAUUACAAUAUCAAGUACGAUGUUGAUGCCUUUUUCAACAACAACGUACAGCCAUCAACCCCCUCCAAGACCCUUGCAACUGGGCUUGCAGUUUGUGAGGGAUAUGCUGGUCUAUAUGCUACACUCGCAACGCAUGCUGGUCUCGAAGCUCUCGUGAUAGGCGGUCACGGCAAGGGCUUCGGCCAUACACAGCUCGCUCCUGGCUCGAGUAUACCCCCAUUCUCAUCUAGUCAUGCGUGGAAUGUGGUGAAAAUUGACGGUGGCAAGUGGAAGCUCAUUGAUCCGUGUUGGGGAGCCGGUGCUGUACAAGGCAAAGGACAGCCAUAUAUUCAGCGCUUUGACCCGUCGCAUUUUACCAAGUCUAACGACGAGUUUCUUCUUUCGCACUACCCACAAAAUAAAGAUCAGUUCUAUACAGAUGAUGGUGGACCUGGCCUGAGCUGGGAGGCCUACGUUCUUCAAGACCACAAUAAGCCCUUUGGUCUCGAGCAACCUGUCAUAUUUACGGACGCUUACAAUGAAGGAAUUGGGGACCGAUCCUUCCGUCCAGCUUGCGCGAAGAUUUCAAUCCAUCAACCCGGGCCUAUACGGUUCCAAUUCGGCUUGAAGUGCGAACACUGGACCCUCGCUCAUCAUGGCAAGAAAUCUGCCCCUUUUCUGUUCCUAUUGCAUACGCACGGUAUAGAUGGCCGGAAAGAUGAGAAAAUACCAUUUACCUACAUCCGAGGCACCGGACCGAACGGUGGAGGGGACCUGUGGUAUGUAGAUAUUGCCGACCCAAGGAUAUUAGGUGCACCAGGUCAGAAGCUUGGUAUUGCCAAUAUUACAAGCUUUGCUACUCACAAGGACGCCCGUGGCUUGUCAUUGCAAGAAUAUCAAGCGCAAGCGGGACGUGUUGUGGGAGCUGACUAUCUGAAACGGUCUAACGAUGGCAAUCUAUGA